AUGACAUGUCCAUACACGAAACAUUUAUAUAGUGAAAGACUUUCAGUGCCAGCAUUGUUAAAUCAUCCUGGUCGAGCAGCUUUAGUAUCGGGUCCUCCACGACAAUUAAUUAUUCAGAACAUUCCAAAUGGCAAUCGAUUAAUUACAUCUAGUACAACAACUGCUUCAUCACCAUCGUUUACUACUAUUGAACAAAUUUCACAUUAUUCAUCAUCACAUAAUCAUUCUGGACAACCAUCAAAUAGUGGUAGUGGGAUAUCGACACCAUCGACAAGUCGUCAUACGUCGACAUCCGACAAUAAUGAAAAAAUACGAAGAGAUAGUAAUAAAUCCAGUUCAAGUCUAACAACACCUAAAAGUUUACGUGAAUGGCAUGAACAACCAGUAAAUCUUAGUGAACAACCACCUCUUCCCGAAAGAGUUCAUGUUCAAAUUCUUUCACCAAACAGUAGUCAAACAACUACUCGUUUUUUUGUCGACAAUGACCUUGCAAGUCUUAUUAUGCCAAAUGGUGAAUCGAAAACUGAAGAAAUUGUAACUAAAAAUGAAGCCAUAAAUAAUCAAAUGGGUGACAACGAAAAUGAAUGA